GCGCGCUUCUGCAGGAUGUGCUAUCACUUGCCGAGUUUCUCGCUCCUGAUAAUGCUGGUGGCGCUGAGGCGGCUGAUUGUUGUGCUGCAAUCUCGAAUCAUGUUGAGGCUGCUGUCGAGUUGUUUGGCGCUGUGCGGUCUGCUUCUGCUUUCGGGAGCGCUCAUCUGGCAGGCCAGUUUUAAGGGCGGCUGCAUAGCUGCUUGCAGCUUGAGGCAUUGGCUGCUGGUGUUGCACUUGCUGACGGAAUGGGUUGUGCUGCGGCUGCUUCUGCUGCUCAGAGGGCCGCUGUGGUUGCUGCUGUUGUGCCUGCUGGCCCUGAACAACUGGAGGCCGAAGCGGUUGCUGCUUUGGUCGUCCCUGUUGCCUACCAGAGCUAAUUGGAAUGCAUUGUUUUUGAAGAAGAUGCAGCCCCUGUAACUAGCAGCAUGUGGGCCCUUACAAUUAGCACAUUUCGCUUCUGCACUAGGC